AUGCCUUACGGCAGUGGGCGAUGGGGGAGCUUUUGGGAGAUGAGGGCGCGGCAGCUGCAGCAUCGAUUGCGGGUCAAAGAAGAAAGAAUCGUAGAGCUGGAACUGGAGAAUGCAGCUCUCCACCUGCAGCUGGCAGAGUGCCGAGAACGGAGCCAGCGGAGUGGCAGCGAGGCCUGGAGGACUGACAGUGGGCGGCGUGGACAGCCGCACAUGGGCUCCUUCUGGCGCCUGGCUGCAAGCCAGCUCUGCUGCCUGGCCCAGAAACUUAAGCAGGACUCAGAGGAGCUCCGGGCCUCGUCCAUGGCACUGCUGAGGGGUUACCAGGCUGAGUGUCGGCACUGUGUUUCGGAGGUGGUGGUGGCUGCACAGGAGGCCCUGCGAGUGUGGCAGUCCCAGGCUGCAUGUCUGGAGCAGUCGCUGAGUGAGGUCAGUGCACGCUACGAGCUGGAGAAACAGCGGAGAAAGUCCCUCCACAACAGCCUGGUGGACCUGAAAGGUGGCAUUCGUGUGCAAUGCCGAAUCCGCCCCCUGCUGCCCCUGGAUGGUGAACCUGAGGACACCGUCUCACAGGACAGCCCCGACUCUCGGGAGGUGGCCCGUGCAGUGGACAGCGAAACCGUCGUGGUGCAGUGCUGCCGUCCUGGCCACCCCCCCAUCAACAAGACCUACACCUUUGAGAGAGUCUAUGGGCCAGCGGAAACUCAGAGCAAGAUAUUUGGAGAGGUGCAACCUCUUCUCACCUCACUCCUGGAUGGGUACAACGUGUGCAUCAUGGCAUAUGGGCAGACGGGCAGCGGCAAGAGCUACACCAUGCUGGGUUCACAGCAUGGGGAUGAGCCCGCCGUGCCGACCGACGCUGACAGUGAUUGCGGCCUCGUGCCCCGAGUAGCUUGGGAGCUCUUCAGGCUGCUCUCUGAAGAGACCGCAGAGAGCCGGCAGGUGGAGGUGUCGGCAGUGGAAGUGUACAACAACAAUGUCUUCGACCUCCUGGCCGAAGGUGGCUCUGCUCAGGGACCCAGGGUCAAGCGUGAAGUGACCACGAUCCAGGAAGGAAGGCCAGAGGUUCCCCUGUUGACCUGCCAGGCUGUGGGCAGCGCCACAGAGCUCCUGGCCUGUGUCCGCCAGGGCCUGAAGCUCCGGGCACAGCAGCCCACCUUGGUGCAUGCCAGCUCUUCCCGAUCCCACCUCAUCAUCACUGUGACCUUGCCUGAGGCCCCCUCUUCCUGCAGCGGCCCCAGGAGUGAGAUGAACCAAUCCUCUCCUGCCCCUGGCCAGCCGGGCAGCCUCCUGCUCCCGCAGAAGCGAGCAGGGCCCUCCCCUCCAUGGCUUGUUCCCAAGGAUGAUGCCCACCAUGGGCAGCAGGAGCAUGUGCGGCCCAAACUGCAGUUGGUGGACCUGGCGGGCAGCGAGUGCGUGGGUGACUCUGGGGUGACCGGCCUGUCCCUGUGGGAGGCCUCAAGCAUCAACCGGAGCCUAGCCGCCCUGGCAGACGUGCUGGGGGCCCUGUCGCAGCGCCGGGCCCAUGUGCCCUACCGCAACAGCAAGCUCACGCACCUGUUGCAGGAUUCCAUUGGAGGCGAUGCGAAGUUACUGGUGCUGCUCUGUGUGUCCCCGGGCCGGAAGCAUGUGGCAGAGACGCUGCAGAGCCUGGCGUUUGGGGCCCGAGCACGGCAGGUGAAGCGUGGCCCGGCUAGGAGGAAGGCACCCAGGGUGCCAGUGAGGAAGGAGCCGUGUGCUGGGGGCUGUGCAAUGGAACCCUACUUCCCCUCUUAGGACCUGCA